UCGGAAAGAACAAAGACUAUCGUAACUCCUUUUCCUCCAUCGAGCCUCUUCGCCGUCUUCGGUCCAAAAAUCCGCAAAAGAAAAAUCUAAAGACCAAAACAGAGGGUUUGGAAGUAGAGAAAAGAUCGAGCGAAAAUGUCUCGAAAAGGAUUAAUGGAGCAGGAUCUAAGUAAGCUGGACGUGAACACGCUGACUCCGUUAUCGCCCGAAGUGAUUUCUCGUCAAGCUACUAUUAAUAUUGGUACUAUUGGCCAUGUGGCUCAUGGAAAGUCAACUGUGGUGAAGGCAAUAUCUGGUGUUCAGACUGUUCGGUUUAAGAAUGAGUUGGAGCGAAAUAUUACUAUCAAACUGGGUUAUGCGAAUGCAAAGAUAUAUAAAUGUGAAGAUGAUAGAUGUCCUCGGCCAAUGUGCUACAAGGCUUAUGGAAGUGGAAAGGAAGAUAGUCCUUUAUGUGAUGUGCCUGGUUUUGAGAAUGCAAGAAUGAAGCUUUUGAGACAUGUUUCAUUUGUGGACUGUCCGGGUCAUGACAUUCUCAUGGCCACGAUGCUUAAUGGAGCUGCCAUCAUGGAUGGAGCUUUGCUUCUCAUUGCGGGGAAUGAAAGCUGCCCGCAGCCUCAAACUUCUGAGCAUCUCGCUGCUGUUGAAAUCAUGCGUCUCGAACACAUUAUAAUUCUACAGAACAAGAUUGACCUUAUUCAGGAAAGUGUAGCAAUUAAUCAGCAUGAAGCUAUUCAGAAGUUCAUUCAGGGAACAAUUGCAGAUGGUGCACCUGUAGUGCCGAUCUCUGCCCAAUUGAAGUACAAUAUUGAUGUUGUUUGUGAGUACAUUGUCAACAAAAUCCCGAUCCCUAGGAGGGACUUCAAAUCACCACCAAACAUGAUUGUGAUCCGUUCAUUUGAUGUAAAUAAGCCUGGCUCUGAGGUUGAUGAGAUAAAAGGUGGUGUUGCUGGUGGAAGUAUCCUUAGGGGAGUUUUGAAGGUGAACCAGUUUAUUGAAGUACGUCCGGGUAUUGUUCUUAAAGAUGAAAAUGGGAACAUCAAAUGUACACCGAUAUAUUCUAGAAUCGUUUCGCUAUAUGCCGAGCAAAAUGAACUCCAGUUUGCAGUGCCUGGGGGACUCAUUGGAGUAGGUACAACUAUGGAUCCAACCUUGACUCGUGCUGAUAGGCUUGUGGGUCAAGUACUCGGUGAAGUUGGUUCAUUGCCUGAUGUUUUUGUUGAGCUUGAGGUUAACUUUUUUCUCCUCCGGAGGCUAUUAGGGGUGAGAACCAAAGGCACAGAGAAGCAAGGAAAGGUGUCAAAACUCGCAAAGAACGAGAUCCUGAUGCUCAACAUAGGGUCCAUGUCCACAGGAGCUCGAGUGGUCGCUGUGAAGAACGAUCUGGCCAAGCUCCAGCUCACUGCACCAGUGUGCACCAACAAAGGAGAAAAGGUUGCCCUAAGCAGGCGAGUUGAGAAGCACUGGAGGCUCAUUGGGUGGGGCCAGAUUCAGGCGGGGUCCACUCUUGAGGUCCCACCCUGUCCCAUUUGAUUUUGAACACCAGAGAGAGAGAGAAACAAGAAAGAAAUACACGGUUUGAAUUUUUGGGAGUUGUUUGUGUGGUUAUUAUGUGGGAAGGCAGGCAACUGCUAGGAACAAUUUAUGUGAGAUGGAGAAGAAAACAUACUAAUUAUUUUUGUUAGUUUAGUUUAGUUUUGUUCGUUGCUUUAGAUUUUAUGUCUAUUGCAGCUUAUUUUCAUGGGUUAAUUGCACAUUGACUCCUCUUGAGUAUCA